AGCAUUGAAUGCAAACAAAGUGAGUGAAUGUCGUAAUCAUUGAAUUGUUUACUAAUUGUUAUCAAUGUUUGACUCAUUAUUCACGACUCGAUUGGCGUUUAAUAGCAAUUGAAUGCAUCUAUGAAUCCAUUUAACUCUUGAUUCAAUCCAUUGUUAGCGCUAUUUAUUGUAAUUGAAUACAAAUAUAAUUAUUAAUUAGUGUUUCAAGUGAUUGUCAAUUGAUUGGUGACUGUCAUGGACUUCGACGACGAUAUCAUUUACAACAAUAUCUCUGACUCUGGAAACGAGUCGACAGAUGAAGAGGACGACGGGCUGUCUGUGGCCUUAGACGUGGAGCCCAUCGGUUCCCAUCACAAGGAGAGGAUGGAAAUGGAUGAGGACUUCCCCUACGAAGUGCUCACCACUGAGUCGAUUGUCGAGCAUAUGAUCGACUCGAUUAGGGACGUGAACACUGUUGUACAGCUGCCGCCAACCAUCACUCGAAUCCUAUUGAAUCACUUCAAGUGGGAUAAAGAGAAGCUAUACGAAAGGUAUUACGACGGCGACCAAAACGAGUUGUUCACUUCGGCGCAUAUCGUUAAUCCCAACUCUGACUUGAAUCCUAACAAACAAAUUAAGGUUCACUUCAUUGCCAUCACUCUUACCAUUGAAUCCAAUUUGACUUAUAGUUGUUAUCAAUUGCAGAAAAAUAGUCACAACGGAAUGGAAACCUGUAUUAUCUGUUGUCGAGAUCUGCCAUCAUCUUUGAUGACAGGUCUUGCUUGCGGUCACCGCUUCUGCAAAGAAUGUUGGGUUAAUUACUUGACAACGAAGAUCAUAGAGGAAGGACAGGGACAGAAGAUCUCAUGUGCCGCACAUGGAUGUGACAUAUUAGUGGACGACCAGACAGUUAUCACACUUAUAACUGAACCUAAAGUGAAACUCCGUUAUCAGCACCUCAUCACCAAUAGCUUUGUUGAGUGCAAUCGACUGCUGCGUUGGUGUCCGAAACCCGAGUGCUCUCAUGUGAUACGUGUUUCGUAUGUCGACUUCCAUCCCGUCAAAUGUGUCUGCUCUACAGUCUUCUGUUUCCUGUGCGGCGAGAGUUGGCACCAACCGGUUAAGUGUGAUCUCCUCAGGAAGUGGAAGAAGAAGUGCGACGACGACAGCGAGACAUCCAAUUGGAUCGCAGCCAACACUAAGGAGUGUCCCAAAUGUCAAGUGACUAUUGAAAAGGACGGCGGCUGUAAUCAUAUGGUCUGUAAGAACCAGACGUGUAAAGCAGACUUCUGUUGGGUGUGUUUGGGUCCGUGGGAACCGCACGGCUCCUCGUGGUAUAGCUGCAACCGAUAUGAUGAGGACGAGGCCAAAGCGGCCAGAGAUGCUCAGGAGAAGUCCAGGGCUGCCCUCCAACGCUAUCUAUUCUACUGUAACCGCUAUAUGAAUCACAUGCAAAGUCUGAAGUUUGAGAACAAGUUGUAUGCGUCGAUCAAAGAGAAGAUGGAAGAGAUGCAACAGCACAACAUGUCAUGGAUUGAGGUCCAGUUCCUCAAGAAGGCCGUCGAUGUGUUGUGUCAGUGCCGACAGACUCUUAUGUAUACCUAUGUCUUCGCGUAUUACCUCCUCAAGACCAACCAAUCGAUUAUUUUUGAAGACAAUCAAAGAGAUCUCGAGAGCGCCACCGAAAAGCUCUCCGAAUAUUUAGAGCGAGAUAUCACUCAUGAAAACUUGUCUGAUAUUAAACAGAAAGUUCAGGACAAGUAUAGGUAUUGUGAAAGUAGACGCAAAGUGCUGUUACAACACGUUCAGGAGGGCUAUGACAACGACUGGUGGGAAUACACUGUCAAAGUAGACCGAGUUUAAGUCAAAACAACUGUUAUAUUCGUCUAUAAAUGUGUUUCUCUAUGGAAACUCUAUUUAAAUUAAGUUUAUUUGCAAUCUAA